CUGGUGCGGGGGCAGAGAGCGAGCAAAGCACACAUACACACACCACACAAUGGCAGCUCGAGCCAAAGACAACGCCGAGUACCUGGUGGAGCAGACCAUUACCAAGCGAGAGCGAGAGCUCCAGCUAGUCAAUAUGGGUCUCACUAGCCUUCCUGAUGCUAUUACCGGUCUUACUCGUGUCAAGCGUAUUAAUCUCGGUCUCAAUGAGCUCACGUCGCUGCCGGGAGAGCUCGGCAACCUGACGCAGCUGACAAGGUUUGUGGCGGCCGGCAAUCGGCUGAAGAGCUUGCCGUUUGAGUUUGAGAAUCUGGUCAACUUGGUGGAGUUGGACUUGUCGUCAAACGAGUUUACCAAGCUCCCCUCGCAGAUUGCCGACAUGGGCCAGCUGGAGACGCUCAAGAUGGCGGAGAACGCGCUGGACUUGACCUCGGCGCGGGUCCUGGUCCCCACCAUGCUCGCCCGUCUCGACUUUGCGCGCAACAGGCUCAAGAUUGUUCCGCGCGAUAUCGGCACCAUCACCACGCUCCGCGAGCUGGUGCUCUCCAACAACGAGCUGAGUGAGUUCCCGGAGGAGGUGCUCGGCCUCAAGAACUUGGAGCGGCUGAUGCUCUCUAACAACACCAUCACGGCCGUGCCCGGCGAGAUCUCCAAGCUGCGGUCACUGCGGGAGCUCUCGCUCGCGCGGUGCGGCCUCAGCGAGAUUCCGGACACUGUGGGGAACCUCAAGCGGCUUAAGAUCCUCAUCCUCCGCAACAACGCGCUCACCGAGCUCCCGGCCACGCUCGGCUUCCUCUCGCGGUGCAAGAAGCUCGACGUCGAGGGCAACGAGCUGACGCAGCUGCCGCGCCAGCUCUCCGGCAUGACUGCACUCGAGGAGCUGUACCUGCAGCACAACGGCCUCACCGAGCUGCCAGCCGACCUGGGCGCGCUCACAUCGCUCGUCACCCUCAACGUCGCCGGCAACGCGCUCACCGCCCUCCCGCCGGCCAUGCACGCCUGCGACUCGCUGGCUGUCCUCAACAUGGACGACAACCCGCUGAACCCCAAGUUUGAAAAGGUGUUCAACAAGGGCCUCCUCGCCCUUCUCGCCCACCUCAAGAAGGUCUUUGCCCGCUCCGGCGCACGCUACCCGUCCGCCACCCGCUCGGCCCUCUCCUCUGGCGGCGGCUCUUCUUCAACCUCGCGCAAGGUCACCUUUGGCUCGGGCGAUGACAGUGACGCCAGUUCCUCGCGCAGGUAAUCCUCUCCCUGUACACGUGGGCACACUCCCCCUCACUCCUCCUCUGCCGUUCUCCCACUGCUCGCGACCUAUGGUAAUGAACAUGUCGGCACCAUC